AAAAUAAAUAUUUGUCAUAAUCAAAUAAGAAAUAUAAAUUUAUGAAAUUUUGUGGCGGAUGCUAUUGCUAAGGGUGCUAUUAUGAACCCACGAGGCCUGCUGCUGGUUGAUUCCCGUUCUCCACGGUGUGUGGAUUACUGGCAGCAGAUAUGGUGGGGGGCUAUUUGGCCUUGAGAUAAAUUUAUAAAUAAAUUUUGAAUAUUUGGGGGUUACUUUAUACGAACACUUCAAGCACUUAUUUGUUGGGCUUAAAUUUUUACUAGGAAGCUAAGAUUUAAUUUGCAGCUCCCUCCAUUUUUGUUUUGUCAAGAGAUUGCUUCAAUUAAAGGAAAAUAUAUACAAGUAAACUAGUUCCCAAAACUCAUCCUGUGGAGCUGCCUAAUAGCGUUUUUGUUUUUCUUCGUCCAGUCUUUGAUGGAGAUUUCAUCUUCUGUUUCUUCAGCUUCAGAUCUUUAUGCCUUUCUUCUUCAAACAAACCUCAAAUCCAAGAACCUAUCAGUGUGCAAAUCAAUCCAUGCCCAGAUGAUUAAAUUAGGCCUCAACUUUAGUAUCUACUUAACGAACAACCUCAUUAACUUGUAUGCGAAAUCCGGGUAUAUUGUUGAUGCCCGCAAUGUAUUUGAUGAAAUGCCUGUAAAGAGCACAUUCUCAUGGAAUACGAUUCUUUCGGGGUAUGCAAGACAAGGCAAACUAGAUAAAGCCCUUCAUGUGUUUGAUGAAAUACCUGAUCGUGAUUCUGUUUCUUGGACUACAAUGAUUGUGGGUUAUAAUCAAAUGGCUUGUUUUGAAAAUGCAAUAAAGAUGUUUGUAGAUAUGGUUAAGGAUAAAGUGUCACCAUCCCAGUUUACUAUAACUAACGUACUUUCUUCAUGUGCGGCUCUAAGAGCUCUAGAUAUUGGUAGAAAGAUUCAUUCUUUUGUUGUUAAGUUAGGCCUUAGUGGGUAUGCUUCUGUAGGGAAUUCACUUCUGAAUAUGUAUGCAAAGGCUGGUGACUUGGUUAUGGCUAAAAUUGUCUUUGAUAGGAUGAGACUGAGGAGCAUUACAAGUUGGAAUAUUAUGAUUUCAUUGCAUAUGAAUUCUGGAAGAAUUGACCUUGCCCUUGCUCAAUUUCAACAAAUGAGUGAGAGGGAUAUAGUUACUUGGAAUUCAAUGAUUGCAGGAUAUAAUCAGCAUGGUUUUGAUAAGGAAGCACUAGAACUCUUCUCUAGCAUGUUGCAGGAUUCUUCUUUGAAACCUGAUAAGUUCACCUUAGCAAGUACUUUAUCAGCUUGUACCAAUCUUGAGAAUAUGAAUCUUGGGAAACAAAUUCAUAGUUAUAUUAUCAGGACAGAGUUUGAUAUUUCUGGGGCUGUUCAAAAUGCUUUGAUAUCAAUGUAUGCAAAGACUGGCGGGGUUGAAGUCGCUCGGAGGGUUGUAGAGCAAAGUGAGAUUUCAGAUCUUGAUGCUAUAGCCUUUACUGCUCUAUUGGAUGGAUAUGCCAAGCUUGGGGAUAUAACCCCAGCCAGGCAGAUAUUUGACUCGUUGAGAAACCGUGAUGUGGUUGCAUGGACAGCCAUGAUUGUAGGUUAUGUGCAGAAUGGCCUAAAUGAUGAUGCUUUAGAGCUUUUCAGAGCAAUGACUAAAGAAGGACCCCGACCAAACAGUUUUACACUAGCCGCUAUGUUGAGUGUCAGUUCAAGAGGGGCUUCUUUGAAUCAUGGCAAACAAAUUCAUGCAAGCGCCAUAAGAUCAAGGGAAGAUCUAUCGAUUUCUGUGGGCAAUGCGCUGAUUACAAUGUAUGCAAAAGCUGGAAGCAUUGACAAUGCGCAGAAGGUAUUCAAUCUCAUAUGUUGGAACAACGAUACUGUCUCUUGGAGUUCUAUGAUUAUUGCUUUGGCUCAGCAUGGCCUUGGAGAAGAAGCAAUAGAGCUGUUUGAGAAGAUGUUGGCACUUGGUAUUGAGCCUGACCAUAUAACUUAUGUUGGUGUGCUGUCAGCUUGUACGCAUGUAGGAUUGGUGGAGCAGGGUCGGAGCUAUUUUAAUUUGAUGGCAAGUGUGCACAAAAUUGAGCCAACUUUAAGCCACUAUGCAUGCAUGAUUGACCUAUAUGGCCGAGCUGGAUUGCUGCAAGAAGCAUUUAAAUUUAUAGAAAACAUGCCUAUUGAACCAGAUGUUAUAGCUUGGGGUUCACUGCUAUCUUCUUGCAAGGUUUAUAAAAAUGUUGAUCUGGCAAAAAUCGCGGCAGAGAGAUUGCUUCUUAUUGAGCCUGACAACAGUGGGGCAUACUCUGCCCUUGCCAAUGUAUAUUCAGCUUGUGGAAAAUGGGAAGAUGCGGCUAAAAUUAGAAAGUUAAUGAAUGAUAGAGGAGUAAAGAAAGAGCAGGGAUCUAGUUGGCUUGAGAUCCAGAAUGAAGUUCACAUCUUUGGAGCUGAAGAUAGUCUUCACCCGCAGAAAGAUGAAAUCUAUAAAAUGAUGGAUAAGAUUUGGGAGGAGAUUAAAAAAUUGGGUUUCAUUCCAGACACUGAUUCUGUAUUGCAUGAUCUUGAAAUAGAGGUGAAGGAUAAGCUUCUUAGAUAUCACAGUGAGAAACUUGCUAUUGCUUUCGGGAUAAUAAGUACUCCAGAAAACACUACAUUGAGGAUUAUGAAGAAUCUCAGAAUCUGUAAUGAUUGUCAUACAGCUAUUAAAUUUAUCUCCAAGCUUAUGGGCAGAGAAAUAAUUGUGAGAGAUGUUACUCGUUUUCAUCAUUUCAAGGAUGGUUUCUGUUCUUGCCGUGACUAUUGGUAGGCAUAAGGAAGGGAUCUGAAGAAAAUUUCAGUUUUUAUGUCUAAAAAACUUUAUGCAUUUUAUCAUGUCUACAAAAGGCUGGUCCUGACAUAUUAAAGAGGCAAUGUUUUGAUUAAUUUUUCAGUUCAUAACAUUCUGUUACCCACUUUACUUGACUUUGAACUCUGGUAUCUGAGGCCAAUGGCAGAAGAUUCUGGGCAUGAGUUUGUUGCUGUUCUCAUAGCCUUCAAGAUUAUCUCAUUUGCUUCAGAAAGCUUGUUUUCCUGGAGAUGGGAUUGACAUGUUCUGAUUUGCUGAACAAUUUCAACAGUAUGCGGCAUAAUUGUUCACAACCAUCAGUGUAGCAUCUCGAAAGCUGGGGAGGCGAAGAAUAAGAAACUUGACAUGCUUAAUCCUGAAGUUGAUGAAAAAGAUACUAUAAUGUCAUUAAUACUCAGAGAAUGUGCUCUGUAAAUUGUCUCUUGUAUAUGGAUAAUGGAUUAGUGCCAAAUCGUACAAAAUAAAGGAGGUACAGCAGAUGAAACAAGAGAGGAGGAAGCAAACUAGUGGAGAAUCUGCCAGGUUUUUAUUUGAUUAAGCAUCCAAUUUCUGUGUCGAAGGCUCUUCCUUGGCUCAAAGAGCCCCUUUUUUACAGCUUUAGUUACUGCAAACAUCAAUUCAGACAUGAUUAUAUAUACUUUCACAUUGUUGUUAUAUACCAUGUAUGAUUUGGAUGUAUUGGAUAAUGUCGUGUAUUUAAAAUAUUGUACUUGUAAAUAUAAUUUUAUGUUUAUAUGUCA